GAAACGUCAUUCGCUCGACAACCAACGCAAGCAAAAGCAAACAAAACGUUGGCGAUGGAGAUAUGAUAAUAGAUGAUACUUUAAAUGUUUUGUUAUGUUAUUGUGAUCUUUAUUUCUUUUCAAUACAACAAACUUAACUUAUAGUAAUUACUAAUAAAUGGUAUGGAGGGCCCUGGCAUGAGUUUGUUUCAAGGUGCUCCAAGCAUCCAUAUAAACAAUAGCGCACAAGACCGACUUGAGGAACAAGAAGAGUUAGAAGACCAGAAACGACGAAAUGAAGAGCUAAAACAUAAACUUGCAAAUGCAUUCGAUGAUCUUUUGGACGAUGACGAGGCUAGUUCAGUGAACAGUAGCGGAAACUUUACUUUAGAUGCCGGCCAGACUAAUGGAGCUACACCACACACAAGACCUGGUCUUCCCCCUACCUAUGUGGAAUCCCUCAACCAUCUCAAAGAGCAGCAUGCAUCAGACUCCCCUAAGCCAUAUUGUGAGACACCUAAAAACCACAUGCCCCAUAUGAGACAAGAAGAACCUUUAAAACAUCAGUUCAGUCCUUAUGGUGCCGGUGAUGGCCAAAACCAUUACUUCCAACAAGAGUUCAGAGGUCAUCUUAAUGGCAUCAAUAACUUUGAUACCAGGCAAGAAAUGAUGAACACUGAACAGCUGAAAGUAAUGUAUGAGAUGCGGGUAAAAGAAUGCCAGCAGCUGGCCAGCCAGAUGGAGAAGCUGGACGGCGAGGUGGACGCGCUGCGGGCGCGGCUGGCGGCGGCCGUCAGCGACCGCGACAAGGCCGAGCUGUGUCUGCAGGAGGCUCAUCACUUGCUUGCGUCCAGCAAGCACAAGUUGGUUGAGUUGGAGCAACAGGUGACGGCUCUCACCGAGAAGCUGGUGGCGAGCGAACAGGAGAAAGAACAGUUGAAGAUGGAGCUUCGGUCCGCUAACAUCAGUCUUCAAGAUGUGCAACAAAAACUGCACACACUACAGGUGGCUCACACUCAUGACACGGACGCACUGUUUAGGGAACAGCAAGAUAGACAUAGAGAAGAGAUGGACAGAUUACAGAAUGAUUUAUUAAAAGCGAAAAACAGACUGGAAGAUAAAGAAAGGGAGAUAAAAACUCUAGAGCGACGUUGCAUGGAAAGAGACAGAGAGAAAGAGGAGAUACUAAUAGAGAAAGGUGCGACAAUAAACCGCCUGGCCGGCGAACUGGAAGCCGCACAGAGUAGGCUGCUGAGCGGAGAACCAGCUCGGUUGAAGGAGAAAGUCGCUCAGCUCACGGCUGAGAGGAGCGCCGCUAGGGAACAGGUCAAGGAGCUAGGGUCUAAAUUGGAAGUGACCGCGCAUGAGCUAGUGUUGUGUCGAAGUAAACUGGCCGCCAGCCAGAAAGAGUAUGACAAUUGGCGCUCGACCCUCAACCAGAUUGUGUGCGAGGCGUUGCCCGACAAUAAUUAUUUAGGUGAAGAACCAUCUCCCGGCAAACUAACAACGCUAAAAGAAAUCCUGAGCAGCUAUAAAUUGCAGCUACAGAAAAUACCAUCGUUACAGGAAGAGAUCGUCAAAAGUGACAAAAAGUUAGAACAACUUAGGAAACAAGAAUCAGAACUGCGCUCUAAAUUGGAAGAGCAGAAAGUAAUAGAGAUGCAACUCAACUCACGCUUAGCGGUGCUGCAGAACAAGUUAGAACUGUUGGGAAGCAACUCUGAUAGUGAUUUACUUGAAACAUAUAAAGUACAGAAUGAGAGGCUGCAAGCGGAUAUUGAAGAUGUUAGAGCGGAGCUCAAAAAGUUGGAGCUGAAAUACACGGAAUUGGAGCUAGAACACGAGAAAGUGAGGACAGAGAAGGGCAGCCGCGCGUCGCCGGCGCAGGAGCCCGGCGCGGGGCGCCUGCGGGAACUCAAGGCCGCGCUGCGGGACAACGCCGACCUCAACAACUUGUAUCUGCAGGCGUGUAGUUCCCGAGACGCAGUCACAAGAGAACUCAAAGACACACAAGCCAAGUUCCAAAAAGAAAGGGAGUUUUAUAAAACCCAAGAGAAAGAAUACGUCGAAAGGAUAGAAAAAGAGAAACAGAAAGUUGAAAAAACGACAGCAGAAUUAACAUGUACUAAAGAAGAAUUAGACAAAGCUAAUAAGAGAAUAUCGGAGUUGCAGAAAGAGUUUACGGAUAAACAGAAAGAGUUUACUGAUAGGUUGAACAAAUAUCUUGAUGAGGAAAAGAGCGCAAUGAGAAAAGAAAUGGAGUCGUGUGGCCAGUGCGAGAAGAAUUUGAAGCAUAUACGACAGCUAGAAGACCAACUUAGCAAAUGUAGCAUUAGAUUAGCAUCACAAGAAAGCAACGAGGAACUGAUGCGCGAGCUGAAAGGCAAGGCGGAGUUCUUCCAGCAGUACAUAGUGGAGAGGUUCCGCAAGCUCAGCGACCAGCGCUCCGUCUCCACCAGCACUGACGUCCGCCUCGACCGCGACCUCGACCUCGACCGCGACCUCGACCUCGACCGCGACCACGACGGCAUUGCUGCUAAGACUGCGCUUAUGAUGAAAGAAAAAGCGAUAAGGGAUCAAAUAGCAGAAAAGUUCACUCUAGAAAUGAAAACAAUGGAAAUGAACUGUGCAAGACGCAUCAAAGAGUUGGAGAACGAGCAUCUAGGCACUAUCACUAAACUAAAGGAAUUGCUCGAACGAAAAGCUCAAGAAGUUGAAACAUUGAAAGAAUUUAUACUCGGGGAACGGGCGAAAAUAACACAUAUACUUGAAGCGAAAGAGAAUGAAAUAUCCAUACUUAUUAAAGAACAUAAUGAAUUACAAUCUGAAUGUCAGAAAGCUAAGGAUAGCUUAGGUGAGUGGAGAGUGAGAGCGGAGAAGUACAAAGAUAAAAUAACUAAAGUUUGUACGUUAGAAGAGACGUUAAAGAAGGAAAGAGAAAGUAUGAAGAAUAAAGUUACGGAGUUGCAUUCAAAACAUUCGCAGUUGGAGCAGAAGUUUGAGAAGCUGCAGACCGAGCAUGCGACGUUGCAGGAUAAAUAUAAGAACGCCAAGAAAACUAUUUUUACUUAUAAGGAAUACAUCUCGAAGAAGGACGAGCACGUGAGCAGCGAGAUGAGCCGCAUCCAGGAGGAGUACCGCAAGAUAUUCGUGAAGCUGCAGGCGCAAGUCAACUACCACGUGCACUGCCGCCUGCAGCACGAACGCAGGGACAAGCGGCACGAAGCUGAUUACUCAGAGAAGAUGGAAAAAUUGAGCGAAGAGUUCGCUCGUCUCGCUCAGUCGCGCUUCAAGGAGACGGACGUCAACCAGUGACGUCACGCGGCGCACGCGCAGCUCGUCCGAAGAUGUCCUUCCCGGCGCCGAGUGGGCCGUUAAGCUGGAUUCCUAGAUUUGAAAGGUUACUAUUUAUCGCCUUAUUAAAUUCACUGAUAUUUUUCUAAAUAUAGUGCAGAGUGCAGUCGACAAUAAAAUACAAAAUAUCUUUAUUGCCCAUAAUAAAAACAACAACAAUGGAUCAAUGAUCGUCUAUAUCCGUAUCCAUGUAGAAGAUCAUUGGUCCAUACAAGUGACAGGCUUAUUGCAAAGCUAUCUCUUCCAGUGGUUUUUCGGUAGUGCCAACACGUCAGCCUAACCAAAUUCAUUGCAAAAUAGCCGCUAUUGCUGCAGCAUAGAGUUCCGUGAAGGGUAACUUAAUAUACCGAUUGUACAGUAGUGCAUGUCGAUUUCCUACUGAAUUUAACGCAUAUUUUUCCUAGUGUAAACGAUAGUUUAAAAGGUAUUGAAAAUUAGCUACCAAUUAUAUCUAACCGAUAUAAUCAGCACAAUAAGUACGAUUGCUAUUUUUCUACUAUAAUUAAUAGUAUUAUGCAUUAAAAUAAAAUUACCAAUAGCUUUUCAUAAAACGAGUGUAAGCGGUAACGCAAUUUUUUGCUCGACUGUUCUUGAAACACAGUCAUAUAAAAUAAAAGCGAUAAAUAUAAAAUUAUUAGUACAAAUCAAUGCCUAUUAAUAAUGCGACUGUUUGUUGAUAUGUAACUGCUUAUUUAAUCAUAAACUCAUAUUUUCCUCGAUAUAUUAAUUAUACAGAAAUUUAAUAUAAUUUUCUGUGCACACUUUUGGCAACUGUUGUGGUAUUGCUGUAGAAGUGAUAAGUAUAUUUUAUUUUUUUGUAAAUAUGCUAUACGUCAAAGCUCAACGCCCAGCCUCAUGCUCAGUAGGAUUAUCUGUUUCCCAAGUCCUAAUGUCCUAAUUAAUAUCAUGAAUGCAAAAGUAAAUUUGCUUUCUUUACUUGUUACCUCUUGACGUUUUAUCUCUACAACCAAUAUUUUUGAAAUUUUACAUACAUGAAAAGGACACACCUAUAUGUCCCUACCAUUCAUCCCGGGAAAAAACUCCUCUCGUGGGAAAUUCACAUGAGCGGAGACGCCGGCAAAAACUAGUGUGAAAUAUUUGUUUGUUUUCGUUAUUUCAAAUGAUGGCGCCAUCGGCAAACCCAUAAGGGUUAAAAUUUUUAACCCUUAUGGGUCCCUGUUAAAAAUAUCUCUACCGAGCACGAGGUAUGUCGCACGCAAAUGGCGAUUAUGUACAAUUUUUUAGAAGAAUUGCAUUUGUUAGGAGUAAGCAGGAUAUAAUUCGAAUAUCUACAAUUUAUCGAAAGACUGCAAUUAUCAAAUAACUACACAAUCGCAUUGUCCCAGUUUUAGCCUUAAUAUUAUGAUGUAUACAAUUAUAUGUGUAUUUUAUUUAGACUGAACAAUCGAAUUAAUUAAAUCAUUCCAUGAUAUAAAACUAAUAUAUACCUGUGAUAAGUCUGGUACGGAUUUACAUAUAAUGACCAGUAUUAUAAAUUAGUUCAAAAUGCCUCAACAUUCCUUUUGAUUCCAUACACUUUCGAUCCGAUGUGUUGGAUAUUUUCGAAUUUAUCAUAUGUACUGCUCAAACUAGUAUUAUGAGUAAUGUUGAUUUUCGUUUAAUGUUAAAUAUUAGAUAUUUUAAUUAGUUCUAUCUAAUGUUUGCGAUUGGGCUGCCCCGAUCGGACAUUAUGAAGCUAAAGAUAAAUGUGGCUAUGGAGAUAUUGAAGAUAAUGUCGAUGAAAUCGAAUGUAAAGUAUUGUAUUUGAUGUAUUGUAUUUGAUGCUGUCUUAAUUUUACCUCUAGCUUCAUAAUGAGUAUGGAGCCUUAAGGUUUCUUUCCUGUUCUUAAAGCAAUUACAAAUAAAACUAUUAUUUUAGA